AUGUUCAAAAACCCGGCUGGUAUCUUUGCCGCUCUCGCUGCUACGGGAGCGGCCGGGUAUUACCUCCUUCGAUCUGGCGGCGACCCGAAAGUCGCACAUGGGCAGAUCCGACAUGACGCCGAGCGGACGGUAAAUAUAGUCAAUGAAGCCGACAAAGUGAGGAAUAAAGCCGAUGCAUAUAUCCAACAGACGGUCAAGGAUGCCCGCACCAAGGCCAAAGAAGCAGACAUAUAUCUAGAACAGGCGGUAUACUUUUCUUCUUCCAUUCCGUGUUCUUCGGCAAUCCGGAGGGAUGCUAUAAAGAAUCAUUCUGACAAUCCUCCGCUCCAGAUCAAGGACCUCCGCGAUAAAGCUUCCGCGACUGAUCAACAACUGACUGACGCUGCCAAAGAUAGCAUGACGAAGCUCGAGAAUUACCUCGAGGAAAUUCGGAGAGACGUGAACAGCAAUGUGGAUGAGUUCGAUCGGAGCUUAGAGAAGCAGACUGCGAAAGCCAGGAAGGCAUUGGCGGACUGGUUGGGCGGAGGAAAUUCGGACGGAGGAAACAAGGACGGUGCAAGCAAGGACGCAGGCAGCAACGAUGGAGGAAACAAGAAGCAGUAG